CAGGAGCAGGCCCGUGCGGGGGGGGAGCCAAAAGGGAAGAAGGUGUCACUGAAGUAGAGAAUCAACACUGCUAUGGGAAGUGGCAGGGGAUUCUGUCUGGGCUCGCGCAUCACCAGGCACAUUGUUACCUAAGUUCUGUCUCCAGAGUCAGUUGAUGUAAGACAGUACAGACCCAGCAUAGUUCGCCGUUAGUAAGGUUGAAGCGGACUCUGUUGCUGAUUUCCUUUCUGAAAGGGCUGGUCAAAGUGGCACCAAGAUCAGCUGAGCUUCAGAAGCUGCUUCUGGAGCUGCAAGCAGAAGGCACAGGGGUCACUUAAACACAGGGACCAACAGCAACAUGGAUGACCAUUCCCCUCAUGCCUUUGGGCUUUGUCACUUUCAUGAAUUUAAACCUACUGUUAAUAAUACAGUUCCCAGGGCCAAAAGGCCUUUAGAUCCUCGUGGGGAGGCUCAGGUCCUGCAGGCAGCUAAGAAAGCUUGUGCAGUGAGUCAUCAUUGUAGCAUUCCAUGUCCAUCAGAGAAGCUGCUGCUCUGUUCCCCAGAUUCUGCCUGCUUUCAAGGAUCCUCUCAUUUUCUGGACGAUACUGGCCAUGAUGAGCUUGUUGCCAGUUCUUCUGAGUCAAAGUACAAUGAUGUAGCCAUUUCUCUAGAUACAGCCAGAUGUUUUGAUGAUAGUGAGCCAGACGACUCCUUGUUGGAACUGUCAGGCAGUGAACAAGGGAAUUCUCCUUUCAAUUACACUGAGGAAGAGAUCCAGGAAAUCUUGGCAGAUGAUUGCUUGGGAUCCGAGCAGUAUACAACUAGAAAAAGCACUGUGAGCCAAAAUGUAAAUGGAGAGAGUGAAAAGGACGUGAGCAGCAGCUGCACUGGGGCAUCAGUCAUCAGUGAAGAUGUAAAGGUAGCAUCCAAGAUCACAGAGAAACCAAACAUACCUCUGUCUAGGGUGUGUUCUUCAGUUGAGAUGGCUAAUUCAAAUGUGAACGAUCUGCGGUCAGCUCAAGUAACUGGCAUGUUGUUUGACCUUGAUAUUCAGGAGCUUCUAAAUCUUAGCCCAAUUGAUGCUGACUAUGUAGAUCAGCCUCCGGAGGACAGUCGUUUGGAGGAAACCAAAAGAGAAACUUCACAAGCAAUGAUAAGUGAUUGCCUAGAAUAUGAUAAAAUUAAUGCUAAUAACUUGAUUCUUGGAGAAUCUUUAGAAUGGUUGAUGUCUAAAGGGCAGCAUAGCCUGGGAGUGGAUCACAUGGGAAAAACUCCAUUUACAAGCAGAGAUAUGACUAACUUACAUGGUGGUCCUGCAGAAACUUCCGUGCCCUCUUCUGACCUUGCCUGUGACCCCAGUAAAGCUGAUGAGAGUUCAGCACCUGUGCUGCUGAUGUAUCUCCAGCCAUCUCCUGGGUCCCAACACCAAGAUCUUUCCAAAGCAACAAACAGCAGUUUUUCAGGGAAAUUUGACCCCUCAAAGGAUGAUGGGAGGCAGGAAUCUUCAGAAGCUGAACAGCCAUCAGACAGCAUUAAAUUAAGUGCUACAGCCGUAGGCCAGAUCGGGCAGAAAGACACAACAGGUGGGAAGAAGCUAGGCAAAGUUACUCCUGUGCCACAGGUGGAGGAAAGACUAAAACAAGGGGCAGGCAUUUCAGAAGCGGAGCUUGAGCAAAAGAAACACUUGUAUCCAGUGUGUGCGUGCCCGUGUGAAGAAAUCUGUAGAUCCUACACCAGGGACCUUUCAUCAGCAGCUGCUGGCACAAGGAACAGGAAACCACCCACCUGCCCCUUAUGUUGACUUCAUCAUUGGAGCUGUAGUAUGGACAGGAUGAGGAGGGGAGAAGAGGAGGGAGAAGGUAUGUCCCCAACGCACUACUGCUGCCACUUGUGAAGGGGAGGUUGCUGAUGGAGGCAACAGGGUGAGCAAAGGGGGCAGCAGCUGAAAGGGGACUGGGGAGGAGGAGUGUGCGAAGAGCGUAUCAGAGACACGAGAAUAUCUUGCCGCAGUGCUAGCUAUGUGAGGGCUUGAGAUUGCAGCUGCUGCUGCCUGGCACCUUGACCGAGCCCACCUGGCGCGUCUACUGGCAGGGAGGAGCGGCAUGGGCAGGAGAGCACCUUGGCAAGGCCAGUGCCAGAGCGCUUCCACAGCAGUACUACUGAGCUAAGAACCGCCCCUCUACACCAAACUAUCAGCACCCAACGGCUGGUGUGCGGCCAC